UGAAGCCAAUAAGUAGAGCCCACCAAUUUUGAGCCCGCGAGCCCAAUCUAUUCUUCUUGUUCAUCAUGCCUGGAGCUGUUAGGGUUUUGGUUUUGGUUUCUCCGACCUUGAACGCUUCCCAUCUUGGUGAGUAACACGAAUCUGAGGAAAAAAAAUGUCGAUUAUGCAACUUUACGGGCGCAGCAAGAGCGUGGUGAAGCGGUCGAAGAAGUACUUGGAAGAAGCGCUUUACAUGAAGCUCUUCAAAGAUGGAAGCUCCCAGCUCAUCGUUCGCCAGAGCCUCAACAACUUCGUCAAGAGCCGAAAGCGCGUUUACAAAUGGGAGGUAGGCGACACGCUCAAGAAGCUUCGCGAUCGCAAGCUCUAUCAACCCGCUCUUAAGCUAUCAGAAACCAUGGCUAAGAGGAACAUGAUCAAGACCGUCAGUGACCAUGCGAUACAUCUUGACCUUCUUGCAAAGGCUCGAGGAAUUACUGCUGCUGAAAAUUAUUUUGUUAGUCUCCCAGAACCUUCUAAGAAUCAUCUUUGUUAUGGUGCCCUUCUGAAUUGUUACUGCAAGGAAUUAAUGACUGAAAAGUCGGAAGGUCUUAUGGAAAAGAUGAAGGAGCUUAGCCUUCCUUUAAGUUCCAUGCCAUACAACAGUCUUAUGACGCUUUAUACAAAAGUAGGGCAACCUGAAAAGAUUCCAUCCCUCAUCCAAGAAAUGAAGGCUAGUAAUGUCAUGCUGGAUUCAUAUACAUACAAUGUCUGGAUGAGAGCUCUUGCUGCUGUUAAUGAUAUCUCUGGUGUUGAAAGGGUCCAUGAUGAGAUGAAGAGGGGUGGUCAAGUCACUGGAGAUUGGACUACAUAUAGCAACUUAGCAUCUAUUUUUGUUGAUGCUGGCUUGUUUGACAAGGCAGAAGUGGCGCUCAAGGAAUUGGAGAAGAGAAAUGCUUUCAAAGAUCUUACUGCUUACCAGUUUCUAAUUACAUUGUAUGGGCGAACGGGUAACUUAUACGAGGUUUAUAGGGUGUGGCGUUCACUUAGGCUGGCAUUUCCUAAAACUGCAAACAUAAGCUACCUGAACAUGAUUCAGGUGUUAGUUAACUUGAAAGAUCUCCCAGGAGCAGAAAAAUGUUUCCGGGAGUGGGAAUGUGGCUGCCCCACUUAUGAUAUUCGAGUUGCGAAUGUUUUGAUACGGGCAUAUGUAAAAUUAGAUAUGCUGGAGAAGGCUGAAGAGCUCAAGGAGCGCGCUCGGAGGAGGGGUGCCAAGCCUAAUGCCAAAACCUUGGAAAUCUUUAUGGAUUACUAUUUGCUGAAAGGAGACUUUAAGUUGGCAGUGGAUUAUCUAAACGAAGCAAUAUCAAUGGGUAGAGGGAAUGGUGAGAAGUGGGUUCCAUCGUCAAGGAUCAUCAGUAUCAUGAUGAGGCAUUUUGAGCAAGAGAAGGAUGUUGAUGGUGCAGAAGAAUUUCUAGAGAUCUUGAAGAAAUCUGUGGAAUCUCCAGGGGUGGAGGUGUUUGAAUCCUUGAUCAGAACUUAUGCAGCUGCUGGUAGGAUCAGUUCGGCUAUGCAACGGCGAUUGAAGAUGGAGAAUGUGGAGGUGAGUGAAGGCACCCAGAAGUUGCUUGAGGCAAUUUCUGUGGAGUGACACUCUCGAUGCUUUCAUUCUUCAAGAUUUGAUUGUUGUAAACUGAGAUGUGAUCAUUCUACACAUUUUGUUUUGGUGAUAAAAUUUGGUAUUUAGAUUUAAACAUUUUGGAAUGGCGCAUGCUGUAGAACAUUGAGGGCCUCUUAUUUGAUUACUGAACUAAUAAAAUACUGGGGGUGCUCGGUGCAUACAUAUGUCCCUGAAUCCUGUGUGCUGGUAAAAAAAAAGUGCUUCACAAAUGGGAUCUAAUCAUGGAACGCCUUCUAAGCAUGAAUCAUUUCAGUCAGUGAAAGGUGAGUUCAUAUCAGUUCUUCUGACGACAUUAAUUUGGUUAUUGAAGAUAAUUAUUCUCUCUGGGUAAAAUGAAAA